UUUUUGUAUUUGUUGUCCUGCCUGAAGUAAUUCCAACUCAAACCUACCUGCACGCUGCUCCUGCUUGCCUUUCUGCGUUGGAGGGAACACGACCAUCGCAGCCAUGCCAUCCCAACGCCAGAUGUGGUACCGUGCUUCAUCACUCCCCUCCCACUUCUUCUCUUCCACCGCACAGACCUCCCCUCCCCAUCCUCGCUCUCUCGCUCUCUCUCUCUCUCACACACACACACACACAUACUCUCUCCUCCGGACUACACGCUGCAGCAAGCCCAGGACAAAGACUUUGAAGAGAGAUACGAGACAAGUGUCUCCCAGCUGACGCCGCAGUGGACAUUUCCCGCCCGGUCGGAGGACGCGUCAUCAUGAACUCUGCCUGCUACUUCUUGCCUGUUGCUCUCAUUCUGAUGGUGAGCCCUGGCUCCAUUACUGCAGUUUCAACCAGAAGGUGUCAUUCCAUCUACAAGAGCUUUGCCCGUUGUCUCAUGGCUUUGGGCGACAGUAUGACGGACAACACAGGCAAGGGCGAAGACACACAUGAGAUACAUUCCAUCUGCAGGUCUUGGGAUGAGUUUCAUGACUGUGCCAACGCAGCGAUGGCCGGCUGUCCGGAAGAAGCAGCGACUGUGUGGGAGUCUCUCCGCCAGGAAUCCAAGAAGAUGCAGUUUUCAGGAAACCUCUACGACAUGUGCUCCAACCGCAACAGUCACACAUUAUCCUCUGCGUCCCCGCGUGGUUCCCACAUCCAUGGAGAGCUGAACCAAGAGUCUUUAAAAGGGCGAGUCGGUCGUGUGUCAGUCUGCUACCGCCUUCUCCUGCUUAUGUCUUUUCUUCUGCUACACCUGCUUUAAAGUCAACUCCCUCAGCAAGGGACUUUUGAAAAUAUGAACUAGGUGCAUCUCCUCUCCGACGUCCAGCCCUGUUCACCUUUUCCUCAACAUUAGCAGAGAGGAUUGCACGCUUUCUUUCUGUAUUUCAUAAUCUCUUUUCAUACAGCCAUAACAGGACACUGUGCUGAGCUGAAACAUGUAUAUAAAGUAGUUAAACAGAUGUGUGUAGCAGCUGAGGCAGAUGUGUACACAAAUGCUCCUCUGCGACCGCAAAUUGUCACUGUGUUCUCCCGGGACUCCAUGCUUGAUAAGUCCGACCCAGUUUAUGAGCCAAAGCAUAACAUUCCUGGAUUGAUCAGAUCCCACUAGAAUUUAAAACUGCCCCACUCAAAAUGCAUCCAGUCAGUGCACAUAAUAAUGCUAUUGCAAUUUUGUCUUCGGUUCUACUGAUUACAGGAAGAACUAUCUUGGAAAAUAAUAUCAAUUUCAUCUUUUGUCCCAAUACACAUUCUACCUAAAAGGUACGGAGGGUCAAAUGAAACAACGUUAAAAAAAAAAAAAAAUAUUUUAAAAUACAGUCAUUACUUCGUUUGUCAUUAAUCGUAACUGGAAUCAAAGGGAAACCAAACUGCUCUUUUUUUGGAAUUUUGUCUAUCAUUCACAAUCAUUAUGUAAAACAACAAGAUAGAUGUCCGUCCAUCCAUCCAUCCGUUUUCUACCGCCUGUCCCUUUUCGGGGUCGCGAGGGGGUGCUGGAGCCUAUCACAGUUGCAAUCGGGCAGAAGGUACACUUAUUGUUUUUAAUGCAUUCUAACUAGUAAAUAAAAGUUGGCUUAUAAUAGAGUCAAUGGGAGGUACUCUAUUCCACCAAUAAAGCCUUCUAAUUUAAAAAGCGCCAACAAUACCCCAUUUAUAGUGGCGUGCAGUCACUAGAGGCAAGAAAAAAAAUGUAAAAAGAAAAAAAAAUAAUUAAAUUGUUAUAUGUAUCCAGUAAUUAUACUAUAAAGGUAUUUUCCAUUUAACUUCACCAGUUUUAGAUUAUUUUUAUUUAAAAUCGCUGAAUUUUCACAUUUGCCGUUCAAAUACUGAGAAGAGACGGUGCGGUGAACAGCAGCCAGUUGAGGCACGUCACUGCGUUGUGCCUCAACAUGGAUUCCGGACUCGGCUAACUGCUGUCCUGCUGUGCAGUGAGACCGUAUUGCUAUAUGAAUUAUAUUAUACAUUUCCAUAGUUUAGUUAGCUGAGGUAUAUAAUGUACAGUGUAUUUUGUCAACAACUGUAUGUGUGUGACGUAUUUCUUGUGCUGAGCGAUCAUAAAACGGCUGCAAAAGACGCACUGGCUGAGGCUCCAGUAAUCCCGCCUCCUGCACACCCACCGUAGAAUUGUU